CAUAGGUAACGUUAUCCAACAUUUCGCCGCUCAUCUUUAUGUCUCUAAGCGAAGAUAAUCAGCGUGGUCCUGUGCGCGGAACCGACCGCCGUCCCCGGAAACUACAAGUCAGCUGCUAGGAAGCUGAGGGUGUUUAUGCCUGAAUUAGCUGGAUGGCUAACGUCGUUAGUUGUUAGGGUAUACCUUACACUGCUGGGGUUGUUUUUAUGAAAAAGCCGAACGGCUUUUUCUUUGGAAACUGAAAAUCCGUGACAGACUGUGAAGAUGAGGACUGUGUUUCUUGUCGAGGCUUUCUCUCUGGCUUGUUUUGUGCUGUUAAGCAUAGCGACAGCAAAGAAUUCUGAAGACAUCCGUUGUAAAUGCAUCUGCCCACCAUACAGAGAUAUCGAGGGGCAAAUCUACAAACAAAAUGUUUCUCUCAAAGACUGUAACUGUCUCCAUGUAGUUGAACCCAUGCCGGUGGAUGGAAAAGAUGUGGAGGCGUACUGUUUACGUUGUGAGUGUAAAUAUGAAGAGAGGAGCUCAGGAACCAUUAAGUUUACAAUCAUAAUGUACCUCUCCAUUCUGGGCCUGCUGCUGCUCUACAUGGUCUACCUGACUCUGCUGGAGCCCAUGUUGAAGAGGCGUCUGUUUGGACACUCGCAGCUUAUUCAAAGCGAUGAUGAUGGUGUUGGGGACCAGCAGCCUUUUGCAAAUGCUCACAAUGUUCUGUCCCGUUCACACUCUCGACCCAACAUGCUGAACAAAGUGGAGCAUGCCCAGCAGCGCUGGAGGAGGCAGGUCCAGGAACAGCGGAAGUCCGUGUUCGACCGCCAUGUUGUUCUCAGUUAAACUGCCCUGUGAGCACGAGGUACUGGUGGAGCAACAAAAAAAAAAAAAAGAAAACAAAACAAGAAAAAAAAA